CUUCUCAGCAUGCAGUCAGAGCAGGAAAGGUGUUAGGGUUCACUCAGUAACCAACCUUGGGAGAAGAAUUUGGGGGAAUUCUUGCUGCCUACUGAUCAGUUCAGGAUUCCUGCCUAGAAAUCUCCACCAAGUGAACUCCCAUCAGCUGAGCAGAAUGAAGUUGUUGGUUUGUAUCUUCUUGGCCUCUCUUGCUGCUGCUGCUACUGCACAUCUACACACAGACCCGAUGCUGGAUAACCACUGGGGGCUCUGGAAGAAAACCUAUGGCAAGCAAUACAGCCACAAGAAAGAGGAAGGGGAACGGCGCGUGACCUGGGAAAAGAACCUCAAGCUCGUUAUGCUGCAUAACCUCGAGCACUCACUGGGGCUGCAUUCCUAUGAGCUGGGCAUGAACCACCUGGCAGACAUGACCAGUGAGGAAGUGGCUGCUUUGUUAACUGGAGUGAAAAUUCCCCACCGACCUGACUGGAAUUCCACCUACAGGCCACGCCCUGGCAGCAAAGUGCCUGACUCCAUGGACUGGAGGGACAAAGGAUGUGUUACCGAUGUGAAAUAUCAGGGGGCCUGUGGUGCCUGCUGGGCUUUCAGUGCUGUCGGUGCCCUAGAAGCCCAGGUGAAACUGAAAACUGGAAACUUGGUGUCUCUCAGUGCACAGAAUCUGGUCGACUGUACCAUUACGUACGGGAACUAUGGCUGCAGCGGUGGAUAUAUGACGAACGCCUUCCAGUACAUCAUCGAUAAUAACGGCAUUGAUUCGGACGCUUCCUAUCCGUACACAGCUCGGAAUGGAACGUGUCACUAUAACCCUGUCACGCAAGCCGCCACCUGCUCCAAGUUUGUUGAGCUCCCGUAUGCCAAUGAAGCAGCCCUGAAGGAUGCCGUCGCCAAUAUCGGACCUGUGUCUGUCAUCAUAGAUGCUAGACAGCCUUCAUUUUUCCUGUAUAAGUCAGGAAUCUACGAUGAUCCACGUUGCACUGGUGACACGAAUCAUGCGGUUCUAGUUAUUGGCUAUGGCGCCCUGGAUGGGAAGGACUUUUGGCUUGUGAAAAACAGCUGGGGCGUAAAGUUCGGUGACAAAGGGUACAUUCGAAUGUCCAGGAACAAAGGAAACCAAUGUGGGAUUGCCAGCUAUGGUUCUUAUCCACAAAUAUAGAGGGACGCUCUGCUUCAGAAUGCACUCUGGAGAUGUGGUCUCUUAGAAUGCUAAUCUUAGCCUUGCUGUAAUCUAACUGCUCUGUUUGAGAACAAUGUAAGGGCUCUAAUGGCAAAAUCCUCCCAUCAGAUCCAUCUGACGGAUCUGAGACAAGCAGCUGAAAUGAUGAAUGAUCAUGAUUGGUCUGGUCCAGAAUUUUGGCACUUUUAGCUCACUCUCCCUAUUUCACAGGGGUGUUUGUAAUUGAUUAAUGUCUAUGCAUUGCUUUGCGCAUGUAAACUGCUAUUUCAGUGCCAGGUAUUGUCACUACCACUGUCUCAAAAUGUGUUGGAGUGAAGGCUGUGUUGCUAGUCCACGCCAUUUGUGAAGCAGUAGAGUUGCCGAAGCCACUUCAGAAGUGAAGAGGAGAAGCAGAUGGAUCAACACAUCUCUAGGAUAUAUCAAUUUUCCACAAUACAGGUCACAAAGCAAUCAUUAGCAACCUGGGAGAUCAAGCAAACUAUGGACUUUCCUUGCAGAGGGCACUGUGUUUUCCAGGAUACACAAAAUUGGGUUGGUAUCUUAUGCAAAGACCUUAGCAUGUCAGCAGACAGAAGCCACGGAGAAGGCCAGCCAUGGAACAAAGUGCUGCUGCUGUUAUAAAAUGUGACCUACAGAGUGAGAUCAGCCUUUGCCACCUGAAGUGCUUGGACCAAGGACACAGUGCAGAGAUGAAAGGCCUGAUUCUGUCUUUCACUGCACAGCCAUAUACACCUGUGCAAAGUAGCUGUAUAAUGUUGCUGAAUCAGAAUAGCAGUUUUCAGCCGAGGUAUACGUGACUGCACAUGAUGCACAGUAGCAGGGAGUCAGGCCUAAAGGCUGUAAAUGUAGCUGCAGGUAUGGGACGAGCGAUUGCAUGAGCAAGAAUACAGGGAAAGGUGAACCUGGAAUCCACAUCCCCAGCUGCCAGUGCCAGCACAGCACUGGGAAUCACAUCUGCUGCCCUGCUCUACUCCACAGGCCAUGGGGGAGCCCUGAUUCUGGAUCUGACCUACUUUGCUCUACUUUGGAAUAGGAUUUGCAGACACCUAUUGACCGAAUCCUUGCAGGAUACAGUUUCAGAGUGAGGUCACGCAUCUCUACAGCACAUGAAAUGGAUUCUCGUCUCUCCAAUUCAGCAGUGAGGUUAUGAAAAUCUGGAUCUAAUCUCAUUUGUAAACAAUGCAUGUAAUAGAAAUUACACAUCCUCUUCCAAAAGGAAAAUAAUAUAUUCAAUUGUUUGAAAA